CUUGAGGAGACACCUUGCCAUCAGGUCCUGGAUGGAUGAAAUGCUUCCUGCUGGAAGGGAUGCACUCUCUAUUCUUUCCCUCAUCAAGGUUGGCAGUGUCUGAAAGAGGCAGUUCUUGAAGCCCAUCCUCUGCCCCUCUCUGGAGCAGGGAGUGUGUCACUCACAGACAGAAGCCAGGCCGGACAAAAGGCUGUUUGUCCAGCACCUCCGUCAGCCCUCCCUCUGCUCAUCCCCUCCAGCUCUAGCUCUGUGUACAUCUGAAAAGAUACUACUAAGAAAGUGAAAAGAAGCGAAGCAGAAGAAAAAGGAAACUUUCCAAAAAUGAAGAUGCUCUCAGUUCUACUUCUGCUGAGUGCCCUCCUGGGUGCCCACACAGUGCCCUCCCGGCGGCCCAAGUGCUACAAGAGGGUCCUGCAUGACCACAGCUGUCACAGCAUUCCCGAAGGCAUGGUGAGCCUCCGGCAAGUUGAUGACAACCUGCAGGAUCACUUUUGGGAAGGAGAAGGCUGCGAGACCAUCUGUUACUGCAACUUCAAGGAACUGCUCUGCUGUCCAAAGGAGAUUUUCUUUGGAUCGAAGAUAUCUUUCGUGAUUCCCUGUAACAGCGAGUGAUCAACACUGAGCCUGUCACUGAGGACAACCGGCAUCAUUCCACAAUCACAAAAAUACGCUUUCAAGAGAAAAAACAAAGCCAGCAACAGCCAAAACAAAACAAAUUUCCUCUCUAAGCACACUGUAGAAACUAUCUUUCUGCUGGAAAAAAACUUCCUCUCUAUGCUUUGUGAAAUAUGUAAAAUUAUCUCAUUUUGGAUAUGGUAGCUGCCUUAAUUAGCUCCAUACGGAUGUGAAAGACUGUACCUGCUCAUAAUUGUCCCUGCAUUUAUCUCCUAGCAAAAAAUAUAUAAACAUAUGUGUGUGAGUGUAUCCUUUUAAUAACUACAACAUUCUCAACUAAUUUCCAAAAAGAAACAUCAUGGUUAAACCUUCAUGUGGCUAAGAGUGACUCUUGCUGGAAUCCACUGCAGCAGUGCAGCUUCCUAUUGCUUUAUUGUUAGCACUGCUUUAAGGCAAUGCUAGUCAGUAUCUGGCACUUCUGCACACUCCCACUUCUAUUUGGGUGCCUGCAAAAAACAGAAACCAUUAAUUUGCAUUACCCAUAUUUGAAAAUUCCACUGGAAAAAAGAGUCAAAAUUCAUAUUAAUAGUACUAAGGUAGGUGUAAGUGAUAAUUAUGUCUCACUCGUUAACUGCAUUUGAAGUCUUGAAGCGUUAAAGAUUGAGCUUUCAAAACACUAAUAACAGCAGUGAUAGAACAUACGUAUGUAUAUUCAGAAAGACUUAGAAGGAGAAUGGGACAGUAACAUGGAACAUGUAGUACAAAUGUAACUGUCUUGCCCCUUGAACUAGUGCUCUGCUCACCUAGGGACAUGGUUAGUGGGAACAGUGGGGAUGGGUUGAUGGUUGGACUAGGCAAUCUUAGAGGUCUUUUCCAACCUUGACUCUAUGAUAAUAACCUUACGACACCACAUUGUGGAAACUGCUACCAUCAGCACACCAAAGUUAUUUCACAUAUGAACAUGAAAUAGCACAAAGACUGUUUUACUUCUUCUGUUAGUAAAUAAUGCUUGGAUAUGCGCAGUGGUAGGUUAGCUAUACAUAACCAAUAGUAAGAGUUUCAAGUAAAUCUGCAUUUACUAUUUUUGCUAAGCAAUUUUUAGACUAUUGAAACAAACAGCUUGUACCAUCAGGCUUUUAAAGCCUGGUUCAUAUAAUUACUCCUGAGUCAUUUGGGCUUCUAAUAAAAUAAUCAAUGAAGGACGAUAGAAGGUGGGGAAUCUGGCAACUCACCAUCAAAAUUACCAAAUUCAGUGUUCUACUAAGAAAACAUACAGUAUCCACUUUAUGGAGGACUGCAAAGUCCUCCAUAAGCUUCUAAUAGCAGUAAGGACAUGUAGUUUCUGUGGGUUGUGCCAUCUACUUUCCUUGCCAAUCAGGUAGUGUAUAUCUGCCAUUCACAGCUUUCCAGUGCAACAGCUACAAAAAUAAGGCAGAUGCAGAGGUGGGUAGUAAAGUCAGUAGAUGAUUUUCAGUUACUUCCCUUUUACCAUUAUUGACGUGGAAAAAUACAUAAUCCGAUGAAAAAAAAAAGUUUUGCCACUUUCUACAUGCAGCAGCAUAGGGCCACAGACCUAUUUCCAAUAUAAGCUCGUUCUUG